AUGGCCACCAGGCCCCGCACCGCUUCCAUUUGGGUUCCACCUCUCCAGGAAGGAGAGAGUUCUUGUGAUAGGAUCAGAAAGCUCCAAGUUCAGGAAUCCAUCCUUGGCCAAAGGACCCCUGACCGUAGACCUCUGCCUGGAUCACCCUGGCAGAGGCAGAAGAGUCAUAGGACAGAGCAAGUGCUAGAGUGGCUGUUUAUUUCCCAAAAGAAGUUGAAAAUCACCAAGUCCUGGGGACCAUUGUCCUUCAUGGAUGUGUUUAGGGAUUUUAUUUGGGAGGAGUGGUGGCUGCUGGACCCAGCUCAGAAGCACCUAUACAGGAGGGUGAUGUUGGAGAACUACAGCAACCUGGUGUCCCUGGGUUAUCAGCGCUCCAAACCCGAUAUUAUCUUCAAGUUGGAAAGAGGAGAAGAGCUGUGA